AACUUUGCACCGGCAGGGAAUUCCCGACCUCGAUUUGAAACGUACACAGAGGAUUCCCGUAAAAUUGUUGACAUGCAAAGUUAUUUUGCAUACUUACUUUACGUGCAUUUAAUAAGAAAGUUUGCCUGAAUGUUAAUUGUAUAAAUUGAUCAUAAUUACGCGCAUGGUCAGUGGUAGUUUAUUAUUCUGUGCGUUAUCUUAGGAACACUUGAGCCACGUUGACAAGUUGCUGUCAAUCAGGGACAGAAGACGGGAGACAACCUAAUGUUUGACAAGUGCAAGUGAUAAGAACAUUUUUCAAUUUUUCUCGAAGAAAACAGAAAAAAACUUAUUAAAAAUGAGGUUAAGAUUUCGAAAGAGUUUAUUAAUAAAGUUGGGCGUUUUGACUCUGGUGUUAUUGUUUACUAUACCAUAUUUUGUGAGUAAACUGGAUGAUACUAGCAGACAAGAAAGUCUCAAGUACAGGGCAUGGAAUAAGCUGGCAAAUGAUGUCAAGGAGAUGCUUCCAUUUAACGAUCCAAAGAAAAAUGUGAUUGCAAAUCCACUAGAAUUACCAGGAUCUGCAAAUGACUCCUCUGUUCAUAAAGUAUAUGGACCAAAAAGCAUCUUUAGAUCAGGUGUUCUUGGUAAUUAUGAGCCAGACUACAAGAUAAAACAUGGGCCAGGUGAAGGUGGACAGCCUGUGUUCACAACAAUGGAGGAAAAGUCUGCAGCUGACAGGUCAACUCAUGAGUUUGGGUUUAAUAUGGUAAACAGUGACAAGAUAUCCCUUGACAGAACUAUACCUGAUACUAGGAUGGAUGAAUGUAAAUAUUGGCAAUAUCCAGAGAUCAGUAAACUGCCAUCGGCCAGUGUUAUAUUGGUGUUCCACAAUGAGGGAUGGUCCACCCUGAUACGUACCGUACACAGUGUGGUCAACAUGUCUCCACCAGAGCUCCUGAAAGAAGUUGUAAUGGUAGAUGACUUUAGUGAUAAAGAGCAUUUAAAAGGCAAAUUAGAAGACUAUAUCAAUGAGUAUAAUAAGAAACAUAACAAUGUUGUGAAGUUGUUCAGAAACAGCGAACGAUUAGGUCUCAUUGGAACUCGUACACGAGGUGCUGAGCUGUCGACAGCAGAUGUUAUAGUUUUCCUGGACGCUCAUUGUGAAUGUAACAGAAACUGGUUAGUCCCUUUACUAAGCCGGAUCGCAUAUGACAGAACUAUUAUGACCGUCCCUAUAGUUGAUGGUAUAAACUGGGACAAUUAUGCCUAUGCCUCGGUGUAUGGUGCAGCAACUGCCCAUCAUAGGGGCAUAUUUGAGUGGGGAUUUCUAUAUAAGGAGAGCCAGGUGCCGCUGAAAGAGCUACGUCGACGGGAACAUAAUAGUGAACCCUACAGAGCUCCGACACAUGCUGGAGGAUUAUUCGCCAUAGAUCGUAAAUACUUCUUUGAGAUGGGAGCCUAUGACGAAGGUCUUCAGAUAUGGGGCGGUGAAAACUUUGAACUUUCAUUUAAGAUCUGGCAAUGUGGAGGUAGUAUAGAAUGGGUGCCAUGUUCUAGAGUUGGCCAUGUAUAUAGAAAUCAUAUGCCUUAUGGUUUUGGAAAAAUUGAUCAUAAAAUUCCUGUCAUAUUAUUGAAUUAUAUGAGAGUGGUUGAAGUAUGGCUUGAUGAUGAAUUUAAAGAAUAUUUUUAUACAAGAGAACCAAGUGUUCGUGGGUACCCAAUCGGAGAUGUAUCAAAACAAUUAAAGUUUAAAAAAGACAAGAAUUGUAAAAGUUUUAAAUGGUUUAUGGACAAUAUAGCAUAUGAAGUUUAUGAUAAAUUCCCCAUUUUACCACCAAAUAAAGCAUGGGGAGAGGUAAAACAGAAAAAAGGGUAUGCUGUGCUGGGAACACUCGGUCAGUCAGUGGGGGCGGCCCUAAUAGGAGUCAGUCACUGUCAUCACUUUGGUGGUAACCAGAUGUACAGACUUAAUGUCAAAGGUCAGAUUGGAGUAGGAGAACGAUGUAUUGAGGCCCCAUCAGGGGACACCCUGCAUAUGAGUUUCUGUGAUACACAGCCUGUAGGCCCCUGGGAGUGGGACGAGCAUACUGGUCUUAUGAAACAUACCAACUAUGGUAAAUGUGUGGAGGCAGGAGGAGAUAACAAGCUGCAUUUAGUGAGGUGUGACCCAGCUAAAUCCUCACAAUCAUGGACAAUAAAUGAAAUAAAAACUUGGCAGAGAUGAUGAUUUAAAUUACACACUAUUAAAAUUAUCGUUGUCCAGGGCGAGGCUAUUGUAUCUGUGACUUUAUUUUAUAUAUAGUUACAAUAUUCUUGCAUUGAGACGAGGUUAUACUAUUUGUUAAAGUGGCAGGCUCUGAAAUUGAUAUCACCCACCACUAUUCAUUUUUAGUCAUGUAUAGAAAUUGUGUUAACAUUUGUUUCAUCAUGCUUAUCAUAGUCUUAGAUAGUUAACUAGCAAAUGAUGAAAUGAUUGUAUAGAUAUGACGCAUUACUUUACAAUGUUAGUAAUUGCUGCAAAAUCAUUUUUAUUUGUGGGGCAAUAAUUUUCGUGAUUUUCGAGGAUAGGACAAUUCACGAAUUUAACAUCCAACGAAAAUUUAUUUUUCUGCUGUAAGAUUAUUUUGUAUCAUAUAUACAUUUUACCUUUUUAAAAAAAUAGACAAUUUAAGAACCUACAAAAAUGUUCUGUGUGACAAAACCACGAAAUUUCAUGCCUACGAAAGUAAGUAAAUUCACAGUACGCAAUUCGUAAUUGUUUUUUACAGAUAAACAUUAUCUUAUACUUAACACAUAAUAUUUUGAUGCCAUAAAACAUAGGAUAAGGGUAAAAUAAAUUGUGAUUACAUAUUAUUAUUAUUAUUAUUAUUAGAUGUUGAAAAAUUUUAUGCCACUACAUGUAUUUUUGUUUGCACUAACUAAAGGUUACUAUGUUAAUUCAAUUAUUGUUUUUUUUUUUUUUAAAUGAAAUGUAGUUAAGCAUGAAUCCAGAGGUCAUUUACUAUCUGUUUAAAUCAACAGGAGAAAGUGAUGAAUCAAAUUGUGUGAAGUAAUUUCUUACCAUCUCAUUUAUUUUUGCUUCGAAGUUGUAUAUACCGGUAUGAGUUUUGAUGGCACUGUUUAACUUACAUCCUUUUGUGUCUAUUUACCAAAGAAGGGUGAUUUAGAUGCUUAUAGAAAAGUGUGACAACUUUUCAGCAUAUUUGAAAGAAACAUUCUCUAUGAUGUCAUUGAUGACAUCAUUUAAUAUGUCAUUAAUAUUGUAUGAUGCUUUUGCGUACUUUACUCAAAAUAUUUAGCCUGCCAAUUUAGAAUAGAUGCAUACAAUACAUUUCAUUUCCUAUGUUUACAAUAUUUUUGUCAGUUUUGUGACACAUUACAAUUUCAUACUUACUGUAAAUUUCACUUGUAUGUACAGAGUGGUGAUGUAAUGAAGAAGUUUUUGUUAUCAUGCAAUUCAUGGAAUAUUGAUACUUGAAACAUCUGUUACAGAACAUGAUACUGAGUUUUUAUUAAGAAUUACCAUCUACCAUUGUUAUAUAUAGAUUUUUAUAAUGUAGGAAGAUGAAAUGUUACCUGUAAUAUGAUCUGCCCUCUAAUAAAUAACCUCUAAUUACUGAUUGUGUCAAUAGAAAGUCGUGGUAACAGAUGUGCUGAAUUUGAUUCAUCCUUUUGAUUAAUGCAUGCAUACAUGUAUAUGCAGACAUUUAUUGUCCCAGUUGUGAAUGGUUUGUAUUCAGUUUUAUAUAAAUCAUACAUAUUUGUAGUCACUACCUAGACAAGAAGGUGACAGAUAUGUAUUUCAAUUUAAUGCCAUGAAAUCAACAGCUGGGUGUGUGGCAUGUUGUUGGCUUUAUUUUGUCUGUUUUGGCUCUCUCCUUCUAUAAACUGCUUUUAUCCUUGACCAUAGAACUUUUGUGAUAGAGACUGGAGUCUUCAUAGUUAGACACAGCAUUAUUCUGGUAGAGAGCUUUAUUUUGAGAAAUCAACAUGUGACCUUGACCCCUCAUAAUGACAUUGAUCCUCAGGUAUGUCAAUUUUUUUCUCAAUUUAUAUUUGAGGGAUACAAGGGUAUUCUGUUUUAACUUACACAUCUGGAUAAGAAAAGGUAUGAUCAUUAGGUACAGUCUGAGAGUGCAAUUUACGUGAUAGUUUCUAUAAUGAAAUUUGGUAUUUUUGUUACAUCAUUUAGUGUAUUACCUGUAGAAUGUGGUAGAUGUACUUUAUGAUGUAGUGCUUACACUAUGUGUUUUAAGUGUUAACAUUAUAUAAUAUUUAGUGCUUACACUAUAUAAUAUAGUGCUUACACAGUGUGGUGUUAUGUCUAUAAUUCAAAAUGUAGUGCUACCUAUGCUAUGUAAAUUGUUGUAGUGCUUGCACUAUAAUGUAGUGCUUGCUAUUAUGUAGUGCUUGCACUAAAAAUUGUGAUGUAGUGUCUUCACUAUGUGAUGUAAUGAUGUGGUGCUCACAUUGUAUAAAGUAGUAUGUUUAUAAUAUGAUAUAGUGCUUACACUGUGUUAUGUAGUGUUUACACCAUAUGAUAUAGUGCCUUCACUAUGUAAUGUGGUGCUUACACUAUAAUCAUAUAUUGCAGUUUUUUUGCUCUAGUAAUGUUUACAUUUGCAUUUCUAGUGUUGUCACAUAGUUUGUUUAUUCGGAAAAUAGCGUUCACUUCAGAAUUUAGGGAGUUCAGACACUAUAAACUAUAGUGUUUAGUGCUUUUGGUAUAGAGAGUGCUUUCACUAUUUUUAUCACUGAAGAAUGAGUGUUUAUUAUUGAAUAUAGUGUUGCCUCUGUGUAAACCAGUGCUGUCACUGUAAUAGUUUGUUACCAUGUAAUAUAUAGUGUUCACUUUGCUGCAUUAAAAAUAUAAAUGUAUAUUGUCACUAUCUAAGCUAGUGCUAUUGCUGAAUUGAUAUUUAAACAUGGAAUAUAGUGUGUUCACUAUGUAAACCAGUGAUGUCACUGUAAUGGUAUUAUUACCAUGUUAUAUAGUGUUUUUCACAUUGCCAUAAGGUGUUGGGAUACUACUUAAUUUUAGUGAAAAAUGAUAUGUUACUUUUAUAUAGAUAAUGUUGAUUUUUCAUAUGUUUAGAAGAUAUUUUUGAGAAUUAAGUGAUCUUCCAUGGACUUUAUUUAUACACAUUUAUGUACAUGAUCUUAUAACAUUUAUUUGACGCCAGACACUAACAGCUUUUAAUUGAUUUUUCUUUUUUUUCAUGUUAAAACUAUUUCAUGUUAAUCUGUUUACAGAUAUUCUUUGUUACGCUGUAACCUGCUGAAUUUAUGUAAUGGAUUAGCCCAGGCUUUGAAUUUGGAACAGGCCAUUCAAUGUUUUAGGGAUUUCAAUAUUAAAACACAAAAAUUGAGCUACCACCAGUAAAGAACCUGGUCAGAUUGCAUGGAAGUGCCGGUUGGCUUGGCUCUAUACUGGUGACCAAGGGUAUUCAUUUGCAUUUUCAGCAAGUUACGAGUUAAAAUGACAUAUGAUUUGUUGUUUUUAUCUAGAUUGAAAUUUUGUAUUUUAAUAUAUUAAUGUAGGUUUACGUUACCACUUAAUCAAAUCUUGUAAUACAGCAAUACUUACAGGGAAAAUCUUAUUCUGAUUUUAACAGCGAGUAAGGAAAAUAAAUUUUAUUUUGAUACAUGAAAUACCUGGGUUCAUCAGUGAAAUAUAUGUAUAAUUUAUAUCACUUACUGUGAUAACUCAUUGGUGAAAAUAAAUAAAAAGUAAAUUUCUUCGUGUUUUUAUUUAUUUUUUUUCUUUUACUAUAGGAUCAUAGUAAGGGUAAAAUUUUACACAACCAGCUUAAAAAUAAAAAUGUCUACUUAACAUUACUAGACUGUGCUAGGUAGCAUGAUUGUUCCAAUAUAUAAAAUCACUACAUAAGGCAGUCAAUUUAUUUUGCUUUGCAGGUUUUGAAAAAAAUAUUUGAAAACUUAACAAUAUAGGUUAGGUUAACCUGAAAUUAUUGUCUUGACUAGAUAUAGAUUUGAUUGACUACUGUAUUAUAUUUAUUUUUCUUUGUCUUCAUUUAUAAAUUAUGCUGGAAGUACAGUCUAGUCAACCUCUCAUCUGGAAAGUUGUCAUAUCUGCCUGAAAUUUAUUUGAUAUGUCCCCCCUCACAGUUUUUGCAAAACUUCACUUAUUGACAUUUUAUUCUCUGGCUUUUGAAUACUAACAUAUCAUUGGUCAACAUAUUUCCUUAAAGCUUAUUUAUGCUGUUUAACUUUUCAUCUCAUUGUUUAAGUAUGUAGAUUUCACUUUGAAAAUUGAAAACAAAAUCAAUGUACCCUUUACAGACACAUGACUGUUACCUCAUGAAGAAUUGUGUACAAGCAAUUUAAGUCAUUCUAACAUUUGUUUUGUAAAAGACUUUUAGUAUAUGAAAUUAAUAUAAUUAUAUACAAUUUCUUUGAAAAGUACUGUAUAUAAUCAGUUCAAUAAAAACAAACACUUUUCUUAGCUUUCUUGUUUAUUUUAUUGGAGGUAUGGUCCUUUAUGUCAGGUACUUGUCUGAUAUCUACAAAUAUUUUAUGGUCAUGAGUAAGAAGAAAAUGGGGAUAUUUUGCAUGGUUUUCAAUAGGUAUUGUAAUAUAUGUAUUUGUUAAACUUACAGUAACUGUUCAACAAUUGAUAUUCUUUUUCCACCAUCAAUAUCAAUUCAAAAUUGAUAUUUCACAUGAAGUUUAGUUUAUUUCUCUAUCAAAGCCAUUACCAUGACACUGUUCAUAAAUAAUUAUUUGCCAUAUUUUUUUUAGCUUACAUUUAUUUGACAUUACACUUACUUGUCAUUUUGACUUAGGUUGCUGGCAGGAUUUUUAUUACAUUUAGCAUUAAUUUCUAUAAAUUAUACUAUUCAGGAAUCAUUCAUGAAUUUCUGUGUUAAAUUGAACCAGUAUUAUAUCAUUCAUGUUAAUAUUAAUAAUGCACUAAGACAUAUUCUACAGUAUUUUUUCUUCUAUCGGGGUAUGACAAAACAGAAACUAAGAAUAGACAAAGAAAGUUGGAAUAGGUUUAUCCUAUUCAUAGGGUUAAGAUAUUUUAUAAAAUCUUUUAAGGGAAUUUGUUGAGUGUUGUUAACAGAUAUGUUUAAGAAGAUAAUUAUGUUUUCAAACAGACAUAAAAUUUUGAAAUAUAGAUACCGUGUUAAAACAGCUGAUAGUUAGUUGUUGUUGUUUUUUUUAAAUCUAUCCUAUACAUAUAUACAUGUACUGUUCUUUGUAAAUUUUGUUUUUGUUGUAUAUACCAAUUAAAGAUGACUGUUAAACCACCAAAUUAUCAUGUUGAAACUAUUCCUUGUUGUCAUUUCUUCAACUUAAACCUUAUCAUGCUAAAUACCUAAAAUGGACUUAUCCAUCUUCAUUCUGGUCAAGUCCAUUCAUAAAUAACAGGGAAAAUUUCCAAGAAUAGUAAACAGUGCAGACCAUGAUCAGACAACAUGGCAUGGCUGGCUGAACUUGGUCUGCACUGGUUGCAUGGGUAGAAUCAGUUAGUCACUAGGCCAAGGGUUAAUGCAUUUAAAUAAUAAUUUGUUUUAAAGAUACAUUCAUGUUUUUAACAGUGUUCUGCUCCCAGGUUUUUCUACCACUGGUGUUUAUGAAGAAAAUUUGAAAAUGGGCAAUUUUAUUCCAAUAUUUUUCGCGAUGUUUAAUCUAAAUCUGAUUUUGUCAUUGUAUGUUUGUAUUAGACUGGAAAAAAAGUCAGUGACAAUAAAUGUUAUAUUCUGAAGA